UGUGUUAAUGAGGAAUCAAUGAAUUCAAUUAAAGUGUAUAUAAAUGUUCGCUAUCCGCAAUAGUUAACUUUUUUAAAAAUUAGUUCUGUAUUACUGAUCCAAGAGACUCAGUCAAGCUAAAACAGUUUAUCGAGUAAGAUUGUAGUUUUUUACACCAACUAAAAGUGAAAAUAAAUAUACUGAGAAUAAUAAGUAUAUAAACCAGUUGUGAGGCCACGUGAUUGUAAAUUCAAAUUCACUUUCACUCGUUCUCAAGUUCAAUAUCUACUUCAUAAAAGUUUAUCAUUCGACAAAGUGACAUAAGAAGAAAUAAUAAGCAAAAAUAGUGAAUAGUUGAAGUAGUUAUUAUUAAUAAUGACGACAGUAUAUUCAGCAGCUGAAGUUGCAAGUCACGACAAUGAAAAAGAUCUAUGGAUGAUAAUACACGGCGGAGUUUAUGACUUGACUAAAUUUUUACAAGAACAUCCUGGAGGCGAGGAAGUUCUUUUGAAUCUCGCUGGACAAGAUGGCACCGUGUGCUUCGAUGAAAUGGGGCACACAGCUGAGGCCGUUUCACUCAGAGAGACCUACAAAAUAGGUGUUAUUGCAGAUGGCGAUGUCGGGGCGCCAUCUCCCAGUUAUUCCAAAAAAGAGCCGACCGUAGAUGACGACAAUUGGGAGUAUGAAGAAACUAAAGAAGAAACCUCUACUUUGCCAUAUUUGUUCACCGGUUUGCUGGUACUCAUUUAUGCAUUUAUAUAUUAUUAUGUUUUAUGAAAAAACUUAUCUUAUCGCUGAUAUAUUUAUUUGUAAACGCAGUUAUCAAUAAUCAAUCAAUUUAUAAUUCAUUUA